AUGCAAAGUUCAAGGGCAGCAUCAUCAUCCAUGAGAAAGAAAAGAUUUCUCCUGGACGGACCUUACUCCAAGGACCUGCCCCGACCACGCCGUCGCAUGCAUAUUGGCCGGAACCCCAUUUUGUCUUUUUUGCCCAUUCUCAUGCAGCGCCGCGCCGCACAGCCCACCUGGCGGACAUUGACAUUGUAG